CACCAUCACUUUUUCCUCCUAUUUUCUUUGCAAACAAAAAUUCAACUGAAAACACACACACAUAUGAAUACAUGAUCUUCAUCAAUGGCAAUUCCUACAUCUUCAGGCAUUUCACCAGCAAAUUUCUUAAACCCACUUCAUAAUUCCACCAAAUUCACCAUUUUCAAAGCUUUUCACCACUUUCUCUCUCCUCCAUGGACACACCCCAAGUUCAUCAUCAUCCAUUCCUCUGCUUACCCUCCCCCUGUUUUACAAGAAGAAUCUUCCCCUGUUUCACCCCUUGUUGAUAAAAUCAAUUAUGAAACUCCAAUUUCUGAAUUUCAACCACAAAAUUUUGAUGAAAGAAAUCUCAAUAAACUAAUUAGAGAGUUGUUGAAAGAUUCAAGAACUGAAGAUCUUGGGUUUGAGUAUUAUGAAAAGGCUAAAUCUAGCUCAGAUUUUCAACCUCAGAAAACAACUUUCAAGUCUUUGUUGAGGUAUUUGGUAAAAUCAAAGAAAUGGGAUUUAAUUUCUUUGAUUUCUAGAGAUAUGAAGAUGUACCAAAUUUUGCCUGAUAAAAUGUUUUGUGCUAGAAUUGUUAGUACUUGCAUUAAAGCUAGGAAGUCUAAAGUUGCUUAUAUUCUUUUAGAAAGCUUUGAGUUUGAUAAGAAAGUUGCUGUUUUUGCUUAUAAUUCUGCAUUGAGAAACUAUAAUAAGCUUCACAUGUAUAGUGUAACAAUUCAGUUGUAUGAGAAGAUGAUAUCAAGUGGGGUUGUUUUAGAUUCUGGAGGGUAUGUUUUAAUCAUGGAAGCUUAUAAGAAAGUGGGGAAUUUUAUGAAAGUUGUUGAGAUUUUUAGUGAAUUGGAAGGUAGUGAACAGCUAGAAAAUGUAGAAAAUUACACUCAGAUUUAUGGGAUUUUACUGCAUGCAUUGGGGAGAUUAGGGCAAUCUUCCAAAGCUCUUGAGCAAUAUAAGGAAAUGGGUGGAAAGGGUGUUCCUCGAAAUGCUUCGAUUUACGCUACAUUGAUAGGUUCGUUGGCGGAGGCGAAAGAAAUCAGCAUGGUUGAACAGCUUGUUGAAGAAGCAGAGUCUAAGCAAAUGUUGAAGGAUCCAGCAUUGUUUUUGAAGUUAGUGAUCAUGUAUGUUAAAGAAGGGUUAUUAGAGAGGACUCUAGAUGUUGUAAAUAAGAUGAAAUCUGCUAAUUUGAAGAUUUCUGAUUGCAUAUUUUGUGCAAUUGUUAAUGGGUAUGCAAAGAAAAGAGGACUGAAAGUAGCAGCAAGAGUCUACCAAGAGCUUGUUUCACAAGGGUGUGAGCCAGGGCAGGUGACCUAUUCAUCUAUAAUCAAUGUUUACUUUCGCCUUGCGUUAUUUUACAAGGCUAAGAAGGUGUUUGAUGAGAUGCAAGAAAGGGGGUUCGACAAAUGUGUCGUGGCUUACUCAACGAUGAUUGUAAUGUAUGGUAAGAUGGGGCAACUAAGAGAGGCAAUGACACUUCUAGCCAAGAUGAAGGAGAAAGGAUGCGAGCCUAAUGUCUGGGUGUACAAUGCGCUUAUUGACUCACAUGGGAGGGUGAAGAAUAUGAGGCAAGUGGAUAAAAUAUGGAAGGAGAUGAAGAGGAGAAAGGUGGAGCCUGAUCGAGUGAGCUACACUAGCAUCAUAGGAGCUUACUCCAGAGCACGAGAAUAUGAGACUUGCACGGUAUUCUAUGAUGAAUAUCGGAAGAGUGGAGGAGUGAUCGAUCUAGCUUUGGCCGGGAUUAUGGUGGGUGUUUUCUCGAAGAUUAAUAGGAUCGAUGAGAUAAUAAAACUAUUGCAAGAUUUGAAAGCCGAGGGAACUAAAAUGGAUACAAGACUUUAUAGAUCAGCUUUGAAUGCUUUGAGAGAUGCUGGGUUGCAAAUGCAAGUUAGAUGGUUGGAAGAGAAUUUUGAGAGGCCAUCGAUGGAGCGUCUGAAUAAGUGAUGACAGUGGAAAUAUUAGGAGAACAGUUAUGUUCUAAGCAUAAAGCAUUCAAGAGGAAGCAAACUAAGGCAAGUUACAAAGGUUCCGGCUAUAACCGAGACAAUGGUAAUGGACCAUCACGAGGAACCCACUGGCCAGAGCCCAUCAAUACGUGUAUGUGUAUAUGAGCAGAGAGACGUUCUCUACAUUAAGAUUUCUCUACUAAGAUGCCAAAAAGGUACUAAAUCGCUAUCAUGUCAAUAGUCUUUGUCUGCUUUGACUGUUGCUCGUAUGAAGCAAAUCUUCAUGUUCCUCAGAAUCAUCUUCCUCAUCAGAGGAUAAAAGGGAAGAGCCCAUCCAAGUUUUGAAGCCUUCAUUGACACGUCUUUCAACACCUGGUGUUAGUUCCCAAGGAUUAGCUUCCAACAUCUCUAACCCAAGAUUUCUUCCAGAGAAGUUACCCUCAUCCAAAAUCGCAGCAGCUUUCCUUCUCAGGAAAAUGGCAGUGGCCCCAAAUAAAAUGACCAACCCCCAUGAGGCAACCUCAUAGCACCAAAACAAGGGCAAGGAACAGCUACUCCCCAAUGUGAGAAGACUUGAACCCAGGAAAAGUGCAAGAAGACCAAAGAUGAUGGCAAACACCAUAUUAAGGAUGGCGAGACAGCGCACUCCACCUAAAAAUCAGUGUCAAAAUAUUAUAUCUAUAUAUGAGGAUACAUAGGAGAGAUCUUUUGAAACUCUUAAAGUCAACUCUCUGGCUAAAAACUAGAGAAUCUCCAAGGCAUUUCUUGUAAAGGGAGAUAUGUGUUUACAUAGAGAUUUUUGUUUGUAA